GGGGGCUGGAGUUUGUCAACUGAGGCGGCGGGGUCGCUCCUGAGAGAGUGUGGGGUCGGUCCGUCCGUCACAGCCGUCUGACCCUUAAAGGAGCAGGCCGCAGACGAGAUGGCCUCGGCCUUCCUGCGGAGCGGGAGCGGGGCCGGCGGCAGCUCGCUGGUGGUAGGGCCACAGGACAUCCCUCUGAGCGCGAUGAGUCCCAAGUUCCUGCACGCCAACUCCACCAGUCAUACUUGGCCUUUCAGUGCAGUGGCUGAGCUGAUAGAUAAUGCAUAUGAUCCAGAUGUAAAUGCAAAGCAGAUGUGGAUCGAUAAGACUGUAAUAAAGGAAAAAAUUUGCUUGGUAUUUGCUGACAAUGGCCAGGGGAUGAAUCAAAGGAAGUUGCACAGAAUGUUGAGCUUUGGAUUCAGUGACAAAGUUCCAAUAAAUGGUCACGCUCCUGUUGGACUUUAUGGCAAUGGUUUCAAGUCUGGAUCCAUGCGGUUGGGAAAAGAUGCAAUUGUUUUCACAAAAAAUGGGGAAACAAGUAGUGUCGGCUUCUUGUCUCAGACUUACCUUGAAGCAAUAAAAGCAGAAAAUGUGGUUGUACCGAUUGUUUCAUUCAACUCAAACAAAAAGCUUAUAAGUGAGGACAUGCAGACCAGUUUGAAUGCAAUUUUACAACAUUCUUUAUUUCACACGGAAGGGGAGCUCCUAGCAGAACUGGAUGCCAUUUCAGGAAAACGAGGGACAAGGGUUAUAAUUUGGAAUAUAAGAACAACCAAGGAUGGAAAACCAGAGUUUGACUUUGAAACUGAUAAACAUGACAUCAGAAUUCCUGGCGAUCUUUUAGAUGAUGACACAAGAAAAAGAAAAUACAAAAGGCAGGAGCGGAUGGACCAAAUUGUGCCGGAAAGUGAUUAUUCUUUAAGAGCUUAUUGUAGUGUUUUGUAUCUGAAGCCACGGAUGCAAAUCAUUCUUCUGGGAGUGAAAGUCAAAACUCAGCUCAUUUCUAAAAGUCUCGCUCAUAUUGAACAUGAUAUAUACAGACCGAUGUUUGUUAACAAAAACAUAAAAAUAACCUUUGGCUUUAACUGGAGAAAUAAAGAACAUUUUGGGAUAAUGAUGUACCAUAAAAACAGGUUGAUUAAAUCUUACGAGAAAGUUGGCUGUCAGCUCAGAGCAAACAACAUGGGAGUGGGGGUCAUUGGAAUUAUUGAAUGCGACUUUCUUAAACCAACGCACAAUAAACAAGACUUUGAUUAUACAAAUGAGUAUAGACUGACGAUUCACGCACUCGGACUGAAGCUGAGUGAUUACUGGAAUGAGAAAAAGAAUAUGAGAAACCAAGAAGAUCCUCAGAGUGUUAUACCUGUAGAAGACUCGCAGAAGCUUCCUGAUCAAACUUGGGCUCAAUGUGAUGGCUGUUUAAAAUGGCGAAAGCUUCCAGAUGGGAUUGAUCCAGAUGGGCUGCCUGAUAAAUGGUUCUGUAGCAUGAAUCCAGAUCCACAUUUCAGGAGCUGCAGUGUCCCAGAGGAACCUGAAGAUGAUGUUGAUGUUACUCCCAGUUAUGAGAAAACGUAUAAAAAAAUAGAACAAAGAAAUCGUGAGAAAAACCGACGGCGUUUAAUGGAUCAAGACAAACAGAAGAGCAAGAUCUUAGAAGAGCAACUCAAACGUAAGGAACAAGAACUUCAGGAGGAGAGAAGGAAACAACGGCGUAAUAUAGACCUACACAACAUCAUACAGAAAUAUGAGAAGGAAGCUGAUGCUCUUCGAAAGGAACAGGAAUUAUUGCAGCAGACAUUACAGGCAAAGAACCUCCAGGCCACAUUGCCAAGACAGACAGGCCCUCAUAAAAACACAGAAGUAACUUCAAGUGCCCAGAAUCUCACUAAGUGGGUGGUCAAUGGAGACAAUACUUUGAACAUAUCACCCUGCCCAGCAACAACUGCCUCAACCUCUCCUGUGAGCGAUCUUCAAAUUGUGGAAGUCAAAUCGUUAUUAUCUCCACAAACACCAUCUAAUUAUCAAAGUCUUAAACGACCACUUAAUGCAGGAGCAAGUCCAAAUCCAAAGCAACCAAAAUUAGAUGAAGGAAAAUCUUUUGACAGCUCUGUAAAUGGGGAAACUGUUAAUGAUACGACAUUUGAUGACGAUGUCAUUAUUGUUGAUGAGAAAAGUACACCGAGACCGAGUUUAACAUUUGACUUGUCAAAAGUAAAACAUGAGCACAGAGCAAGUACAGAUACGACUGACUGCGUCAAUGAUGUACUGCCCAAUAACUGUGAAGAACAAGCUAAAGGUACACAGACUGAGAACUCGCCAAUUUCAGUCAAGGAGGAGGACAGUGGUUCUGAGAAGCCGAACCUAUCCAGUGGCGCCAGUCAUCAGAAAGAAGAAAUUCAACGGCCUCAAGAUGACAACCUUAAGUGUUCGGCAAAUGACAUGGAAAGCAUAGCUCAAACCAGAGAAAAAGGAAACAUGCAAAAUGUUUUUCUGAAAGCCAUGACUGACGAGAGGGAUCGCUACAAAGCAAAAUGUGAACUGAUGGAAAAAGAACUGGAAAAUGUUCAAAGAAAGCUUUUGGAAAAAAGUGAGUGCCCUGUCAAAAAGGAGUGCUGCCAUCAGUGGACACAGUCUGAAUUUGUCAUUGGGGACCAUGCAGAGAGUAUGAAUGACUUCUGCAAACUUAGCAAUGAGGAAAAGGCAACCCAAUAUGAACUGGCACUAAAGGAAAUGGAAAAGUUAAAGAGACAGUGCCAGACGCUGGAGAAUUUAAAGUUUGAAUGUUUCACUUGUAAUCUGAAAGAAAAUGAUAAUUUGGUAAAAAAGGAGGAAGAUGAGCUAAUUCUGCAGCUGGACAGUAUGUUUCGACAAUUAGAAAGCUGCAAGUCUGAACGUGAUCAACAUAAAGAAGAAGCUGAACGAUUACAAAGAGAAAAUGAUUCAAUCAAGCUCAAAUGGGCAAAUCUUUGUAAAGAAGUGGAAUGUUUAAAGCGUGAAGUCACUGAAGCACAACAGAGUAACCUUCCCAAUGACACGAGUGUGAAACUCAGGUCUCUGCGGUUUGGCGUUGCACAGAUCCUGGUUAAGAUUAUACCUGAACUGGACUUAACACAAAUAAACUAUGAAAGUGAAGUUGUUGAUGAGAUUUUAGAACAGGUGUUAUCUGCCAAUACAUCAUGAAGGCCAUCAUCUGCUUUAUAACAUGGAUAUAUUGUGAAGACAUCAGUGGACUGUGUAACUAUGUCAAUAUACUUUUUUGAUAAAAUCAGAGCUUAUAAGUAAGCAAAUUAUGCACUUCUGUGAUCACAAUGAUUUCUGUUUUUUUUGUUGACCAAAAGUAUUGAUUUCUUAAGUUGUUAAUCAGUUUACUUUAGUAAUGUAUUACAGGCUGGCUGAGUAAAAUGGAGUAGUUCCUUGAAAAUAAGUAAUUCAAACUGAUGAUUUCUUGACCCAUCUUGUGCAAAGAUUAAUACCUCAAAAGAGAUAUAUCCAAAUCUUUUACUCAUGCCAUCUGUGGUUAAUCUCUCAACUGCUCAUCUUUCUAAUCAAUAAGGAUCAGUGGAAUGGGAGGGUAUUGUGUCUUUUGAUCAACUGGAGAUCAUUUCAAUUUUUUGAAAAAAGAUUUUGUGGAUGUACCUACAGGCCUUUAUAAUGUGCACAUC